AUGGGUCGAAUCGUCAUAUUACAUCAACAAGCCCAACUAAUGGUAUGUUAUGCAUGUUUUUCUAAAGUCGGGAAAACCAAAUAUAAUAUAACUGGGAAAGUUUUAGAAUUAGUUAAAAAAAUACAUCCUAACUAUAUUGAAAAUAAUAACUGCAGCCCUUCAGUACUUUGUGGCACCUGCUACUUUAAAUUAAAAAGAAAUACGUUGAAUCACAUUAUUAAUUACAAUAAUUUUAAAGAUAGAAUAAGGAGGUACGAAGAGAAAUGUUGUUGUCAAAUUUGCGAGACAGCCCGGUUUAAUAUUGUUAAAACCAAGGUACGAAAGCAACCACCCAUUGAAAAAGUCUCAGUCGGUAGGCCAAGAAUUCGCCAAAUUGAUAUCCCACAGUCCAUAAAAAUAUGCUCUUUAUGUAAAAGUGAAAUUCACAAAGGCUUGUCCCACUCCUGUACACUUGCACAAAAAGUCUCAAACGUUGUUAAUUUAGCAGAUACGUGCCGACAACAGGUUGUCUGUAAAAUUUUAAAAACCGAAGAAUCUGCCCAAAACUGUUCCAAUUUGACUUUAAAUAAAGGAUUUGGUUCUAGUUUAUCAGUACAAGUUCAAUCGGGUAGUAGCCAAAAGAAGACAUCGCCAGUGAUUGAUACAGACACACUUAGUAAAAUUUCCAUCGAUUGUAGACUGCCCAUAAACACUAUAAAGAAGCUGAGCUAUCAUCUAAGACAGAUUGACAAACAUUUGGUGGAGCCAAAUGCAGUAAAGAAUUUAAAAGAGCUUAGUCACAGUUUGGAUGAGUAUUUUGAAUGCGUUACGUUGUCUCAUAUGGAAUCUACUAAAAAUACAAAGUCGUCGACACCCUUUGUUUUUUGUCAUAAUCUACCAGAACUAGUUGCUUUUUUGCUGAAAAAACGAGACGUACAUGAAAAUAGUUUUCACUUAAAGUUUGGCGUUGAUGGUGGCGGGGGCUCUUUGAAAGUCUGUCUCAAUCUAUUAUCUGACGAUAGUGUGUCUGAUAACCGCGAUGAAGGCAAAAACUUAAACUCGGGAAUCAAUAAACUCAUAAUAAUUGGACUUGCACCAGAAACAAUAGAAUCUUACAACAAUCUGAAAACUCUGCUUCACACUAUGGACUUGCAAUCCGUCUGUGGCCUUUGUCCAUAUACACUUGCGAUUGACAUGAAACUUAUCAUGAUCUUCCUUGGCCUUCAAUCUAAUUCAUCUUCAUAUCCUUGCCCUUAUUGUGAGGUAUGUAGCAAACAUCUGAAAGAUAUAGCAGAUCCAAGGACCAUUCAAAGCAUAUCGCGGCAAAAUGAUUUAUGGCUAAAUGAGACUGGUGGAAAUCUUUCAAAAGCAAAACUAUACAAAAGCUGCGUAAAUAAGCCUCUUAUAGUCGGAGAAGAAAAUACAAAAGUUUUAAAAUAUGUCCCACCACCAGAGUUACAUUUGCUUUUGGGCAUAACGCAGAGAAUUUUUGAUGACCUAAAACGAAAUACGCCUGACAUUGCAGAAGCGUGGAUUAGGAAAUCAAAUCUUAAAUUGGAUCACUACCAGCGUUUCAAUGGAAACAAUGCAAGAAGACUCCUCAAAACUGUGGAAGACCUAGCAAAAAUAUGUCCAGAUGAAUGGGAAGAUUCUGGAAAUAGUGAUAAUGAUGUUGAUAUUCUAGAAGGGGCUGUGCCAGAAAUUGAAAUUGCACACCCCGAAAAUCUUAAGCCUGGGAGUUUUAUUUUAGCUCAGUUUAAAGGAACAGGAAAAAGGUUGGCAAUGACGUUUAGAUAUGUGGCAACCAUUUUGAAAGUUUUUUCUGAUGACGAAUAUCAAAUUAAAUGUUUAAAAAGUCUAGACAAAGCCAAGACAACCUUUGACUAUUUAGAAACAUGCGUCUCUGUUAUUAGUAAAGAGAGCAUCAUUGGCCAGCUUUCAGAUACAACUCUAGAUUAA